AAGCACGGCUCAAUGCAACCCUACUCAAAUCUGUUCCUCAUUUCUGCUCAAUCAACUGCUUGUCAGAAAAUAUCAUACCAUGACGACUGCAAAAAUGCCAAUCCCCGAGACCCAGAUUGCUGCUGUUCUCCCACCAACUGGUGCAUCCCCGACAGCCCAGCUCCAGAUAGCCACUACUCGCCCCGUUCCAACGCCAGGGAAAGGGGAGAUUCUGGUUAAGCUUGAAUAUUCUGGAGUGUGCCAUUCAGAUGUGCACAGUGUACGCGGGGAGACGCCUAUGUUAACGGACGUGGCGGGUCACGAGGGGAUCGGGAAAGUUGUUCAGGUUGACCCAGAACUUGAUGAGACGGAAUGGUUGGGGGAAAGAGUUGGGAUAAGAUGGCUAUACAGCGCUUGCUUAAGCUGUGAGAUUUGCGCAGUAAAUCAGACUGCAUGUCCUUAUCAGAGAAAUGCUGGUGCAAAUGUCCCCGGCACGUUUCAACAGUACAUUGUCAGCCCUGCAAUCCAUGUGACGAAGAUCCCGCCUGAACUCCCUUCGGAUACAGCCGCGCCGCUUCUAUGUGCUGGAAUUGCCAUGUACUCUUCCAUCAUGAAGACCAAAACCAAACCGGGCGAUUGGCUCGUUUUGCCUGGAGCUGGCGGAGGUUUAGGGCAUAUGGGAGUACAGAUCGCAGCAAGGAAAGGACUAAAAGUGAUCGCCAUUGACAGCGGCGAAAAUAAAAAGCAACUUUGUCUCUCACUAGGUGCUAGUUGCUUUUUAGACUACAGGACGGACGAUAUUGAAAGUGGAGUUAAGACUCUGACAUCCGGAUUAGGUGCACAUGCCGUGAUAUGCACCGCUCACGGGGAGAUGGCGUACAUGCAAAGUAUGCGUCUGCUCCGCCGCCUGGGGGUGUUGGUCUGUGUCGGGAUUCCGAGUACGCCAUUCAGGCUACCUGCUACUCCGUUUGACAUGAUUGUCAAGGGGUUGACAAUUGUGGGCAAUUCCGCCGGGACCCCGGAAGAGAUGAACGAGUUGAUGGAGAUGACUGUGGCAAGAGGAGUCCAGGCACAUAUUGAAAGCUUUGAAUUGAGUCAGAUCAAUGAGGUUUUGCAGCGAUUGGAACGAGGCGAAAUUGAUGGACGGGCCGUGGUGAGGAUUCCAUAGUUAUGCUACUGGUACUACUGUAGAUACCACCUCGGUUUGAGGAAUUGAGAACAAACUAUGGCA